UGGGGGCGUUGGGAUUAGUGCCGAAGUGUCGACAAUAUUCUUGUGUCACUGAUAGUCAUUACCCUUGUCUAAACUUUUUUCAGUCUUUCAUUGUCUAGUUCCUCUGCUACCGUAAGCGUCGCACUCGUUACAGGGGACGUGAACGUGUACGUUUUUCGCUUGAAAAGGAACAUAAACUCUAGCCUUUUUCUUCUUUUGAAAGGCUUUCGAAGGGUCCAACAUCCUUCCAGACCCUGAUACUUUGAUACCGACCAAACGAUCGAAAUCAAGUUUUCAGGAUUCGCUGACGUAUUAAUUAUGUCCGCUGAGAAUUCGAACAAACAAGAAACUCUAGGCCCCGCGACGGCAGCCUUGCUCCGCGAAGAGUCGUUCAACCCCGAAGAUCCUUUCAGUCCCAAUCUCAAGUCGAGCAACAGCGGUAUUACAGGUGAUAAUGAUCCAAAUGGUUUGAAUUUACCCCCGGGUCGUAUGCACGCCACGCGGGUUCCGCAACGAUUGUCGGGAAGCAGCGGAAAUCUGGCCGGAUCAGUCGCGCAGCAUCAUCACGUGCGACGCAAGUCUGGAGACAACAUCUCGCGAUCACGAUCGCGAUCACCCUCGAUGAAGACAGAAACCACGCGGACGCAUAAGACAACUGUGACGGAAAAUUCCUCAAUCAGCAGUCUCGAAGACUACUUUGACAACGAUCUAUUGACUGACCGUGCCGGUUUCGAAGAAUUGGAUUACGGUAAGGAAGUCGCCGAGGCACGCAAACUCCACAACAGUCGUGAGUUCGUCAACCUUCCACCCGUCAACGAGCGUAUGACAGAAGACACGCUGGAGGAUGUACACGCCUUUUCGGACGUGCGUUCGUCCAACGCAUCCCGUGCCAAUUCCGUGUCGAUUGGUGGGGAAGCGGCCCUACAGCCACUCGACGAAUGCGAAGAAGAAGGAUCGGAUUUGGAUGAAUCGGAUUCGUCCGUUGGUCCUUCGCCACAAAUCAUUUUGACGAAUAUGGAAAAUCUGACGCUGGAAUCGGAUGCCGCACGGGCAGAAAAUGGUCGAGGGACGAGGGGGACUGGUGGAAGCUCCCUUUUGGAAGAAGCACCUUCCGCUCCAACGGCGUGACUGCGCAACUACAACACUACAGUAUUUACUUACAGUUCGUCAGGAGAAAGAAGUAUUACUGUACACGAAUAAGUUCAUGUCAAUACGAUCU